GUAUUUGAAAUGGUCAUCAAAAUGCAAUUUCUCAGUUUCAUUCAAUUACGUCCUUUUUCUUCCCAAAUCUUCCGGGUAACUAUUUUGCAGUCUUUCUUCAUUGGUGGUGGAACUCAUCCUGCCUCCGUUCUUGCUGGAUUUGAUCAUACCACAUUAUCAACUGCUCUUAAUGUAAGUAUUCAAAUGAAUUUACCAUUUCUUACAACAUUUAUCAGUGGAAAAAAAACAAGAUACAAUCUCUACAACAGGAAGCCCGAUUUCAAGAACGAAUAUGGAUGGAGAAAGAAUGUGGAUGAGUCUGAUUAUUCUCCUCUACAGAUAUCUGGCAAUGGUGUUUACCUUGUCAAUCUAUCUUCGGGAUCCAUGAUGGCACCUCAUGUUAAUCCAAGAGCAAUAGAGUACGGAGUAGUGUUGAAAGGGACUGGCAGGAUCCAAAUUGUGUAUCCAAAUGGGACUUUAGCAAUGAAUGCUAGAGUACGAGAAGGAGACAUUUUUUGGGUGCCAAGGUACUUCCCCUUCUGUCAAAUUGCUUCGACUAAUGGAAAUUUUGAGUUCUUCGGGUUCACUACAUCAGCAAGGAGGAACCAUCAACAGUUCUUGGUGGGUAAGAACUCAUUGAUGCAGAGAUUGAGAGGGCUAGAAUUUGCAGCUGCAUUUGGAUUGGAGAGAAAAGGCUUAAAAGGAUUACUAAUGCUCAACAUGAACAAGUAUACCGUCGGGCCCAAUACAACAACAUUGUAUACCGUCGGGCUGGGGGAGACUCCGCCCUCCGUUCUUUCUGUUGUAACGGGUCCGAUUCAAGGCAUUCAACAAUUACAUUUUUGGCUUUUAAUAUAUGAAGACAAUUUUUGAACAAUGGAGGAUUUGCUAUUGUGAGCAAAUGUAUAAGAACUGCAUUGCAGAAU